GUCGUGGACCUACUUCUUGGAGGUGACCUUCGGUACCACCUGCAGAAAGAUUUCAAUUUUACAGAGCAACACGUCCAGCUUUAUCUGGCUGAGCUAACACUGGCCUUAGAUUACCUCCGUGCCAAGUCAAUAUUACACAGAGACAUCAAGCCUGACAAUAUUUUGUUGGAUGAAGAAGGUCACGCACAUAUCACAGACUUCAACAUUGCAUCAGAGCUGUCGAGAGAUAGUCUGGCAACUUCAUUAUCUGGCACAAAGCCAUAUAUGGCGCCUGAAAUCUUCCAGACUGCUCUUGGAGACAUCAGAGGCUACAGUUUUUCCGUGGACUGGUGGGCCUUGGGUGUGACUCUGUAUGAGCUGCUGAAGAAACGGAGGCCAUUCAAUAUCUAUAGCGAGAUGUCUCCUCAAGAAACAGUGCAUGCAAUUUGCAACACCAAAAUGCAUUUUCCUUCCAAUGUUUCCGACGAAAUGAAUGAUAUACUGAGACAGCUCCUGCUACUGGAUCCACAGCAACGCCUGCAGACUCUACAGGCCAUCCAGUCCCACCCAGCCAUGGCCAACCUCGACCUAGAAAGGGUCAAGGCCAAGACUAUUAAGCCCCUUUUUGUGCCUUCCAAAGACCAUCUUAAUUGUGAUCCAACCUACGAACUGGAGGAAAUGAUCAUAGAGACAAAACCACUACAUAAGAAGAAAAAGAGAUUAGCCAAACAGUCAUCCAAGAAAGACAGUAUAACAUCUGAGUACAGUGCUCACAUAUGCAGUCAUGUCAAAACAAGUAAAUGCAAGUGUUUCAGAAAAGCUCUCUUUACACACACAUAA